ACCAGCCACCCCCUUCAUGCCACGUGGCAUAUCAACAUCCAAACUACAACAAAUAACCACCAAGCUUCUCCAUACCCUGUGUUCUAUCUCAUAUCAUAUGCCAUCACCUCAUCAACAAUUCCAAUCUUUUUCAUUGAUUAUAAUAAUAUAGUAACUAAAUAUCUAUUAUCUGUUAUAGUUUCACUUUUGCUAAGGAAAUGAAUUUCGAAAUGAUUAUUUUAUCCUUCGGCAAUUGACUCAAGCCCAUUCAAGUCCCUUUCCUUCACACCUUAGUAUCACCUCCAAACUUGUCCAAAACUAGGGGCAGUCACAGAAACCCAGAAACAAAACACACCUCAGCUUUCCAUCACCAUAGCAAAACUGCUUUCUUUCUUUACAAACUGCCAUCUGUUUUCUUCAACCUUUUCCUCUACUUAUUUGUGUUCCAAAAUUUUUCUUGGAAAUCAAAGGACAAGAAUCCAAACUUGUUUUUAUGUGGUCUUUCAAGACCAUCUAAACAAUUUGCCAGGGCAUCCCAUUUUAGCACUUCUUCCUGUCUUAAAGCUCUCUAAAUUCCCUUUCCGAGAAGACAGAACAAGAGAGAGCUAAGGAAUGGCAGUUUGCACAGUAUACACCACCCAAUCUCUCAAUUCAGCAUGUUCAAUCUCCACACCAACAAAAACCCACUUAGGUUUUCACCAAAAGCAGGUAGUUUUAGACAGCACUGGCAAGAUAACCAGCAAGAAAGGUAGCAGCAGCAGCUCAUGUGUCAUAACCUGCUCAGUUGAUCAUUCACAAACGGUUGUGAUUGGUCUGGCUGCAGACUCAGGAUGUGGGAAGAGCACCUUCAUGAGGAGGCUGACAAGUGUGUUUGGUGGUGCGGCAGAGCCACCAAAGGGAGGCAACCCUGACUCAAAUACACUCAUCAGCGAUAUGACGACUGUGAUAUGCUUGGAUGAUUAUCAUUCACUUGACAGAACUGGAAGGAAAGAGAAGGGAGUGACAGCACUUGACCCUAGAGCUAACAACUUUGACCUCAUGUAUGAGCAAGUUAAAGCUCUCAAGAGUGCUAUUGCUGUCGAGAAGCCUAUUUACAACCAUGUUACUGGUCUCUUGGAUCCUCCUGAGCUCAUUAAGCCUCCAAAGAUCCUUGUCAUCGAAGGACUGCACCCCAUGUUUGAUGAGCGUGUGAGGGAUCUCUUGGACUUCAGUAUCUAUUUGGACAUCAGCAAUGAGGUCAAAUUUGCUUGGAAAAUUCAGAGGGACAUGGCUGAGAGAGGACACAGCCUUGAAAGCAUUAAAGCAAGUAUUGAAGCCAGGAAGCCCGAUUUCGAUGCCUAUAUCGAUCCUCAAAAGCAAUAUGCUGAUGCAGUAAUUGAAGUGCUGCCAACUCAGCUCAUUCCUGACGACAAUGAGGGGAAGGUUUUGAGAGCUAGGUUGAUAAUGAAAGAAGGGGUGAAGCAUUUCAGUCCAGUUUACCUGUUUGAUGAAGGCUCAACCAUCUCAUGGAUACCAUGCGGGAGGAAGCUCACUUGCUCUUACCCUGGCAUCAAAUUCUCCUAUGGCCCUGACUCUUACUUCGGCCACGAGGUUUCUAUUCUGGAGAUGGACGGGCAAUUUGACAGAUUAGAUGAACUCAUUUACGUUGAAAGCCAUUUGAGCAACAUCUCUACCAAGUUCUACGGAGAAGUCACCCAGCAAAUGUUGAAGCAUUCUGAUUUCCCUGGAAGUAACAACGGAACCGGCCUCUUCCAAACCAUUGUCGGAUUGAAGAUUAGAGACCUCUAUGAGCAAAUUACCGCAAGCAAAACUGCAGCUCCGCUAGAAGCAACAAAAGCCUAAGAGUAUGAGAGUUUCCUCAAUACAUAGGACUAGACCUUGGGUUCAUAACAAAUUAUCCUCCUUUCAGUUUUCCACUCUCCACUGCCUCUUUCAAGCUUCAUUUCAGUGUUAGGCUGUUGCUCUCGUAGGAAUGAGUAUGCUUCUAUAUAUUUAUUUUCUGUUGUAAUUCUGUGGAGAUAUGUAAUAUAGAGAAACAAAAGCAGAGAUCAAAUUCAAGUUAAGAAGUUCGUAGAAGACGAACCUUUUGACAUC